GAGCACAAUGCAGUGCAGCCUGGGACUCUGUGUUUUGUUGGCCUCCGACCCCUGCUGGAAGAGUAAUACAAAAACUCUGUAAGGAAAUUCUAGCAUCAGCAAACUUGUCUCUAAACCAUGUUAAUCAAGAUAAAGCUGCAUUCGCUUACAGAGUGUGUAAUGAAGAUGGCGAGUGGCUCUGGGGGAACUGGACAAACUAUACCGAGUGCGUGGAUCUUUUGCCGAAUAAAGAAUCACCGCCAAUCCCCUUGGUGGUGAGUUACAUAUUGCUGAUUGGGUCUCUCAUAUCUCUCUUCUUCUUGUGUGUUACGUUCUUUAUAUUCUGCUAUUUCAAGUCGUUGCAGUGUGCUCGCCUGAGGGUCCAUCAAAAUCUGGUCGUUGCCUUGAUCAUUCACUCUGUUAUGUUGGUAGUAAUUUCCUUGCCCAUUAUCGGGAGAGAUACUAUUCCUUCGUAUCGUGAAGUAACCUGGCUGUGUCGUUCCGUGUUGACACUGAAAAUGUACGCUGCUCUAGCCUGCAUCAACUGGAUGUUUAACGAGGGUCUUCUUCUCCACAGUCGGACAGCUAUCUGUGUCUUUCAACAAGAUGCUCCCUUUAAACUUUACUACUUCGUGGGAUGGGGGUUACCACUUAUCCUGAUCAUUGCCUGGGCAGCCAGUGUCAGUGGGGCUUUGGACACUCCCUGUUGGGAAGGUUAUGGCGAGUCGUCGUAUAUUUGGUUAAUAACCGCUCCAAUGUUGCUAGCCUUGGCAGUAAAUUUUGUCUUCUUGGUGAAUAUAAUUCGGGUGUUGGUCACGAGACUUCGCUCUCGAGAAGCUACCCAUAUUAGGAGAGCCAUCAAAGCUACGGUGUUGUUGUUCCCGUUGUUAGGAAUUACUCACUUGUUGUUUUGUGUCAACCCGAAAGAUGACGCCACUUUAGAAGAAGCUUACAUGAUAACAAAUGCCGUUUUACAAUCCUCUCAGGGGAUUUUCCUGGCAGUACUUUACUGUUUCAUGAACACGGAGGUACAAACUGCUCUGAGAAACGCCUAUCUUCGUGCUGCUGUUCGAAGAAAUGCUACUUCCAACGCAAGAGACCGUGGUUUCUCCAAUACUUCUGCAACCUAUUACGACUGCUCAACAACUUGCAGUCCGCGCCACAAGAGGGCUUCAGCUAAAGCUGUUCAUAUUCAUUUGUCUGAUUUAACAAACUCAAAAGUUAUUGGAAAACAAUCUUGUCGGGUAUAA